CAAGUUAUCUGGAAGCAUUACAAAAAGGUGAUCAUAAUCUUAUUAGUAGUAUAAUUGAAGAAGAAAAUUCUAAAUCACAUCCUUAUUCCAAACAAGAAUCAUUAACUAAAAAUGUAAUUGGGUUUGUUAUUGGUACAGUACAAACUUUAAGUAUUGUAGAAAAUAAAGAUUUUAUUAAAAUGAUCAAUGGAUUUGAUUUAUAUUACAAGGUUCCUUGUUCCAAAACUCUUAAAGAUCGAAUUUCAUCAGCAUAUGAAGCAGGAAUAGAUAAAGUUAAGAAUCAACUUUUACAAUUAGAAA